AGAGAAACAGUGCAGCCAGCAAACUUUAGAGAGAGAAACACAGUAAAAACAAUUCGCAAUCCAUUUGAUUUACCUUUACACACGCAACAUACAUAUAUUGUAUUGUAAACAAUAUUUACAAGGUUCAGUAUUAUUUUUCUAAUUCUUUUAAACAAAGGAACAAAAAGCUGUUGAUUUGUACCAGAAAAAGUUGAGAAGCUCCGAAUCGGAGGUGCGACGAUCUGACCUGGUCAGAACUCGGUCUCUCUUUGUCUUGAUGAGUGGAGGAGGAGCUGGAGAUCGAGUCAUUUGAAAUUCAACUAUGGCAUCACGGGUUAACAUUAUUGUUGGAUCUCAUGUAUGGGUUGAGGAUUCAGCCUUGGCAUGGAUUGAUGGAGAAGUAUCCAGAAUAGAUGGUCAAGAUGUUCAUGUUAAAACUACAAAUGGGAAAACGGUUGUUGCAAAUAUCUCAAAAGUAUUUCCAAAGGAUACUGAAUCUCCUCCUGGAGGUGUAGAUGACAUGACUAAGCUUUCAUAUUUGCAUGAACCUGGAGUUCUGCAAAAUCUGGCGACCAGAUAUGAACUUAAUGAAAUAUACACCUAUACUGGAAACAUUUUGAUUGCAAUAAACCCUUUUCAAAGAUUGCCUCAUCUCUAUGAUACUCACAUGAUGCAACAAUACAAAGGAGCAGCACUUGGAGAGCUUAGUCCUCAUGUUUUUGCAAUUGCAGAUGUUUCUUACAGGGCAAUGAUUAAUGAGGGAAAGAGCAAUUCAAUUUUGGUUAGUGGAGAAAGUGGUGCUGGUAAAACUGAAACCACAAAGAUGCUAAUGAGAUAUCUUGCAUACUUAGGUGGUCGGUCUGGAGUAGAAGGUCGGACUGUUGAACAGCAAGUUUUAGAAUCAAAUCCGGUUCUUGAAGCAUUUGGAAAUGCUAAAACUGUGAGGAACAAUAAUUCCAGUCGUUUUGGUAAAUUUGUUGAGAUACAAUUUGAUAAAAGUGGGAGGAUAUCUGGAGCAGCUAUAAGAACUUACUUGCUGGAGAGAUCUCGUGUUUGCCAGAUUUCGGAUCCUGAAAGAAACUACCACUGCUUCUAUCUUCUUUGUGCAGCAUCACCUGAGGAUAGAGAGAAGUAUAAGCUGGGAAACCCUGGAUCGUAUCAUUAUCUCAACCAAUCGAAGUGUUAUGAACUUGAUGGAGUAAGUGAUGCUGAGGAAUACCUUGCGACCAGGCGGGCUAUGGAUAUAGUUGGAAUCAGUGAGCAAGAGCAGGAAGCAAUUUUUAGGGUUGUGGCAGCAAUUCUUCAUCUUGGUAAUAUUGAAUUUGCUAAAGGGAAGGAGAUCGAUUCUUCUGUGAUCAAGGAUGAAAACUCUAGAUUUCAUCUUAAUACUACUGCUGAAUUACUCAAGUGUGAUCCCAAGAGCCUGGAAGAUGCACUUAUUAAGCGCGUGAUGGUGACACCUGAGGAAGUUAUUACUAGGACUCUUGAUCCAGAAGCUGCUUUGGGUAGCAGGGAUGCGUUGGCUAAAACUAUAUAUUCUCGCCUGUUUGACUGGAUUGUGGACAAGAUAAAUAUCUCCAUUGGACAGGAUCCAAACUCAAAAACAAUAAUAGGAGUUCUUGAUAUAUACGGGUUUGAAAGUUUUAAGCACAACAGUUUUGAGCAGUUCUGUAUCAAUUUCACCAAUGAAAAGCUGCAACAACAUUUUAACCAGCAUGUUUUUAAGAUGGAACAAGAAGAGUAUGAGAAAGAAAAGAUAAACUGGAGCUACAUAGAAUUUGUUGAUAAUCAAGAUGUGCUUGAUCUGAUUGAGAAGAAACCUGGUGGAAUAAUUGCACUUCUCGACGAAGCUUGUAUGUUUCCAAAAUCUACUCAUGAGACAUUUGCUCAGAAAUUGUAUCAGACCUUUGCAAAAAACAAACGAUUUAUCAAGCCCAAGCUAUCACGCACCAAUUUUACAAUAUCUCACUAUGCUGGGGAGGUAACUUAUCUGGCAGAUCUAUUCCUGGAUAAGAACAAAGAUUAUGUGGUGGCAGAACAUCAAGAUUUGUUAAUGGCUUCAAAGUGCCCCUUUGUAGCUGGUUUAUUUCCUCGAAAUCUUGAAGAAUCAUCGAAGUCAUCCAAAUUUUCUUCCAUUGGAUCACGCUUUAAGUUUUCUGGUGGCAAACCAAUCGCAGCAUGUGUAAUUUACAAAUGCCUUCUUCACUGGAGAUCUUUUGAGGUUGAGAGGACAACUGUGUUUGACCGUAUAAUUCAAACCAUUGCUUCAGCCAUAGAGGUCCCUGAUAAUAAUGAUGUGUUAGCCUACUGGUUAUGUAAUACAUCCACAUUGCUGAUGCUGCUUCAACACACACUCAAAGCAAGUGGAGCAGCUAGCUUGACCCCACAACGACGGAGGUCAUCAUCUGCUUCUCUUUUUGGGAGGAUGUCACAAGGAUUGAGGGGAUCUCCACAGAGUGCCGUUUCAUUGCUGAAUGGUCGAAUGCUUGGUAGACUUGAUAACUUGCGUCAAGUUGAGGCCAAAUAUCCUGCUCUAUUGUUCAAACAGCAGCUCACUGCUUUCCUGGAGAAGAUUUAUGGAAUGAUCAGAGAUAAUUUAAAGAAAGAGAUUUCUCCUUUGCUUGGGUUAUGCAUCCAGGCGCCUAGAACAUCUCGUGCAAGUUUAGUGAAAGGUCGUUCUCAAGCUAAUGCUGGUGCUCAACAAGCGCUAAUUGCACAUUGGCAGAGCAUUGUAAAAAGUCUAAACAAUUACUUGAAGAUAAUGAAAGCUAACUACGCCCCCCCUUUCCUAGUUCGCAAGGUUUUCACUCAAAUAUUCUCAUUUAUAAAUGUCCAACUUUUCAACAGUCUUCUUUUGCGACGCGAGUGUUGCUCGUUCAGUAAUGGAGAGUAUGUGAAAGCCGGGUUGGCUGAGCUAGAGCAAUGGUGUUGUUAUGCAACUGAGGAAUACGUGGGCUCAGCUUGGGACGAAUUAAAGCAUAUCAGACAGGCAGUUGGAUUUUUAGUUAUACAUCAAAAGCCCAAGAAGACAUUGAAAGAAAUAACAAAUGAACUUUGCCCUGUUCUAAGCAUACAACAAUUAUACAGAAUUAGUACAAUGUAUUGGGAUGACAAAUACGGCACUCAUAGUGUUUCGUCGGAUGUCAUUUCAAAUAUGAGAGUUAUGAUGACAGAGGACUCGAGCAAUGCAGUGAGCAGUUCCUUUUUAUUAGACGAUGACUCAAGCAUUCCGUUCUCAGUUGAUGACCUCUCCAAGUCGAUGCCACAAAUAGAUGUAGCUGACGUGGAACCUCCCUCUUUAAUCCGUGAAAAUUCAGGCUUCGUAUUUUUGCAUCAACGCUCCAAAUGAUGAUAAUUCUGAAGUUUGGACGUAAGAUCCUAUUGUCAUUUCCUACACGACCAAUUCUGCAUGUCAAUCAACUUGCAUAUUCUUGUGCAUACAAUUUCAUAGCCAAUUCAUCGGUAGAUUACUGUAUGCUUAUCUUCAUUUGCUAGGACAAAAGUCAUCGUUUGUUGUUUAAGUCGGUUCAGUUUCAUCGCGAUAGCUAUGCCUUAGAGGGCCAUGGGGGCUUCUAGGGUGAUGAAAUGCCAGGCAUGGGAACAAAAAUUGGUUUUCAAUGGCUGUUUAGGUUUUUGGUUUGUAAAGUGAUAGUGUGUGCAAUUCUUUAGGUUUUUAUGAAGGAAAUGCAUCAAGGUGGUGUUAUAUUUUCCAUUUUUAUGCAUAUUAGCCAGCUCGACGCUGUGUCUCUAUGCAACUAUUUGUUCAUUUUCUUUCUUUUUUGUACAAUGAAAAGAAAUAUUUUUAUAUUUUUUGGGAGUAUUUUUAAUAAUGAUCUCAAUCAGUUAUUUUCUAUGA